UCUGGCUUGCUUAAAUAAACCUCGUAGUUGAUUCAUUAUGCAUUUGCUUUGUUGUUUCAGCUGGCAUUACAUAAGAUCGACUUGAGGGCAUCCAAACAAGCUGAGCACACAGAACCAAAAAGCAGAAGCCGAAGGCAAGCGUUAGCCGGUUUUUUCGUGCUGGCCUAAAGAAAGAGAACCCAACCAGCUAGCGGCUUAUACUGACGUGUUCAAAAGUCGUUCAACUCGAUCGAGAGAGAGAACCAUAGAGUGAGAGAGAGCGUCAAGCCAGUCGACACACAGCAACACCCAGAGUAGGGUCAAGGUUUUGUUGUGCAAAAAGAAGCAAAAAAACAGAGUACAGAAAAAUAUGAUGAAACUGUUGCUGACGCUGCUGCUGGCAGCUUUGCUGGCUCGGCAUACUUUUGCCAUCUCGUGCGGCGGCUGCGUGGACUUGGAUGAGAUCAACUUUGACAAGACCAUAGUGCGCUUUCCCUAUGCCUUGGUGAAGUUCGACAUUGCCUUUCCGUACGGCGAGAAGCACGAGGCCUUUGCGGGAUUCUCGAUGGCGGCGCAUAAGGUAACAGGCGAGCUGCUGGUGGCCACCGUUGGCAUCAAGGACUAUGGCGAGCAGGAGAAUAAGGCGCUGGGCGAACGCUUCAAGCUGAACGACAAGCAAUUUCCUGGCAUAAUUCUCUUCAAGGGCAACGUGGAUGAAUUCGUGCAAUUUCCAGCUCAUCUGGAUGUGACGGUCGACAAUCUGAAAUCGUUUGUGAGUAGCAAUACACCGCUCUACAUUGGCUGCGAUGGCUGCCUGAAGCUGUUCAACGACGCCCUGAAGAACUAUGCCAACAAGGCGAACGACGAGCAGCUGGCAUUGAUUAAGGAUUUGCAAGCGAAGGCGAAGGAAUUGAGCAACAAGUUCGAGGAGCAGCAGAAUGCCAAGGUGUAUCUGGUCUAUAUGCAUAAAAUCAAUGAACUCGGCUACACUUUUGUCGAGGAGGAGACAAAACGUUUGCUGCGUCUCAAGGCCGGCAAAGUGACUGCCGCCAAAAAGGUGGAGCUGCAGCAAAAGCUCAACAUCCUGGAAGCCUUUCGCGUACACAAGCUAACCAAAGCCGGUCCAGAGAAGGCCAAAGCGGAGCUCUAACCACACAACUAGACAAUUAUAUUCGUAGAGAGACUACCAAAAUUCAUACUUAAUCAUAAAAUAGGCUCACAAUUGUGUACAUUAAAACUGAACUGUUACCAAAAAACAA